AUGAGAAAUAAGUUGCAUGAAGCUUCAUCAGAAGAUCCAAGCAAUCAUCCAAUAUCGGAAGGAUGUAUUAAUGUUCUAUAGCAAGGGAAUAAGGAGAUAGAUCAUAUAUUUGAUAAGGUAUUUAAGGAAUUAGAGUAGGCUAAGUUAGAGAUGAAAUCAAGAUUAAAGGAAGCAUAUAUUGCUAAUUACAAAACUUAGUUAGAUUAGAACUCUUAAAGCUUACUUAAUAAUCUUAUUAAAUUAGAGAAUUUUGUUAAUGCAUGUUUGCAAGAUUUUGAACGAAGAUAAAAUAAGGGUAAAUAUGUAGUUAUCUGCGCUUAAAUUCCAAAAGUUGCGGAACUUAAUUAGAAAUGUGAUAAACUUAAGACUAUAUUAGAUAAUGUAAUAGAGAAAUCUAGAGAUUUUAGAAAUGAGUUUUAACUUUCAUUCAAGCCGAUUGAUUUUGAUAGCCAUUUGUAGGAGCUAUUAAAUUAUCACGUAAAUAUUACUUUUCCCGGUUUAGAAAAUGGCUUCUUCUAGGUAGAAAAGAAAAUGUUUAGUAAAUAAAAUUCAUAAGAUCAAAAGCAGCUGAACCAAAAACCUAAAGAUUAAAAGAAGGUUAUCUAUGAAGAGGAAAAAUCAUAAUAAAAAGUAGAAUUCGAUCCAAUAAAAUCUUUAGAAAACGAAGAAUACGAUAUUAGAAGGGCAAAAGAAUAUCAAAAGAUAGUUCCUUUAGAGAAGCCAAAAUCUAAUAUUCAAGCUGAUCAAAGAUAUGAGCUAAGGACUAUGAAGUUUAAGAAAGAUAAGUUUGAAGUCAAGACAUAUGAUUCUUAAAAUAAAAAAGGUAUUACAAAAGAAAUAAUUAUCCCGGAUGAAUGCAAGAGGAUAGCUACAAGAUUUUUUAGCUAUGUGAAUAUUGGAAAAAAUAUAAUGAUGAGUGGAGGUUAAUUUGUUGACGAUAAAACUUGUAGUAUUGAUUCUUAUAAAAUUAAGAUUGAUAAACAGGAAUUGAAGGAGAUAAAAUCAUAUAUGAAAGUUGCAAGAAUGCAUCAUUCUAUGAUUUAUAUUGAUGAAAAAAGAUAGGUAUUGGCAGUUGGAGGUGAGGAUGAGAAUUCUAAUUUGCUUGAUACCUGUGAGCUUUACAGUAUGAGUGAAAAAUAAUGGAGAAUGCUCAAUACACUUAAUUAGAGAGGAAAGAAUAUAUCAUUGUGUAAAUUUGUCAAGGACAAAAAAGAUGGAGAAAGACCUAUUUAUGUUUAUGCUUUUGGUAAAUUAGCAAUUGAAAGAAUAGAUCUCUCUAAAAUACCUAUAAGUCCCAGAUGGGACGAAUUAAAUGUAAAGAAUUUUCAACCUUAUCCAAUGGCAUCAGUGUCAUUUAAAUUUGAUGACAAUCUGAUUGUAAUUUGCGGAGGAGUUGAUGAUAAAAAUUCUAAUUAGUAGGAUAUUUUUUACUUCAAUCCCUCUAUAUUAGUAAUGGAGAAGGCAUAAAAUACUUAACUAGGAUUGUGCGACAAGUUUGUUGGUGGUUCAAUGACCUAAUACUUAAUGAACAAAAUGGAGUCAAAGUUAUUUGUUUGCUCAGAGUCUUUUGUUCAUGAACUUGAGUUUGGAAUAAAAGUAGGAGACAUGAAAUUCAAAUGCAAAGCAAAUUUAUACUGA